GACAUGUCAUUUUAAAUAUGUAAAAAUGCCAUUUUAAAUGUAAAAAUAAUAGCAGCAUUUUCUGAGCUUGGUGUGAUUCUGUGCAACAUGACAUAAUAUGAACACAUAAUACAUCACUGAUGUUUUGUAUCAUUGUAUAAUUCUGGCUUUCAGUCGUCAGCUUUUUCUUACACAUGUACAGCAUCUUGAACAGUGCUGAAAAACAGACACAAAGCUUUUCAAUACUUAUCAUUACAGACAAAAAAGAUGCUUUCAGAAACAGUUAUUGCUCAUCUCAGCUAUACAUGUUCUUAUAUGAAACAUCUCUGGCACCUUUUCAGUGUUGUGUCUGUUUGGAAAACAGAGAUGUUUCUGCUGGUUUAACUGCCAUAGCGGUCUACCCCAGCUUGUAACCUCCCAGCUCCAAGCUUCACUUUCAGUCAUCACCCCUGCUUAAAAUGACUUCAUUACCUCGUCUUUUCUCAGACCAUAAAACCAGAACGACACAAAUUCUUCAAGUAAUUCUGUAAAAGAGCACAACGCACCCCGGAAAAGUCAGUUCAUGUUGCCUUAAGGAGGAAUACCGUUGCUCCCAUAAAGUGCCACAAUGACCAAUCAACCGUAAUUGUAGCUUGAAUUUACCGCGGCACCACCCAUGCCAGUCUAGGCAUCCUGGCUGGCGGCCAUUUUCUUUUUCGAAGGGCUUAAAUCCACCCCUGCAAUUUCAGCUCCCCUUCAACAAACUCUCUCAUUGAAAGGUCUUGCGUGUAUUUGCUAAAACUGGACAAGAAUGGGCUUUGAUGGUGUUAUUUCAGGAGAACUAGCAGAAUGCGUGGGACUGAGCAGUGCCACCCAGCUCACUGUGUUGCAUCAGUCUGGCGGGAAUUAUGUUGAGGUUCUUCCAGACACUCUGCUGAGGAAAUCGUUCACUCGAUAUCAGAGUUGCUUGGUGACUUGCUUUUGAUGGAAAUAUCAACAUAUUUAUGCUGACCACACUCAUAGUGACAGUAAUGAACACAUCUUGCAGAAUGAACCUUUUCAUCUGUGAGCCAGCACAGUGCACUUGAAUAAUAAUGUUAUGUCUUAAUCUUCAUAUCAUGUUAACCAUUAUUGAAACAGCUGAUUUCAGUCCUAAAUUUGCACUGAAUUUAAAUAAGACGUUGAAAUUGAAACCAUAUACCUCAUCCAUUUAAAUCAUCAUUGGAGCAAACAUGUCACGUGACAAUAACUGUUCAAAUGUCAUUUCUUUCUUUUUUUUUUUUGCUGUCCUUGGCUGUCUGCAAACCCCUCCCUUCCAUAGUACUGUCUGAGGCUUACCCUGGAUUUGCAAGUGGUAUGAGUCACAAUAACCAUUUAAAAGGCUUUCUCAUUAACCAGAACUCCCAUCUCCAUCUGUUUAAACUAGGCCACUACAAUUCAUGUAGUGUUAAGUCUGUGAAAUGCAUGUCAUGCUGCUCUCUUGCUGCGUCUUGGUCUUGCUACUGCCUUGUCCAUGUUUUACGGCACCCACAUUUACUCCGGAGGGAACGAGCUCUCCUUCCACAGAACCACAGAUUGACUUGACGCUGGCCACAGAAUACCUUCAGCAAUACUACAACCUGGACAAAGAGCCUUUGGGGCGCAUGAAGCGGAGUGGGCCUGCUUUCACCUCCAAAGUGAAAGACAUGCAAAUUUUCUUUGGGCUCAAUGCAACAGGUGUGCUGGACUCAGACACCCUGGAGGUGAUGAGGAGCCCCCGAUGUGGCGUUCCAGACGUGGAGGAAUACAGCCACAUCCAGGGGACACGAUGGAACAAGAACGUCAUCACCUACAGAAUUGGCAGGUACACCAGAGAUUUGCCUCGGAACACUGUGGACUCUCUAGUUGAGUCAGCUUUCAGCGUUUGGGCCAGAGCCAGCAGCCUGACAUUUGUCAGGUCACACACCCGCAACGCUGACAUCAUGGUGGAGUUUGUGGCCCGUGAACACGGUGACUUGUAUCCCUUCGAUGGACCCAGAGGAACGUUGGCUCAUGCUUUCGGUCCAGGUUUGGGCGUUGGAGGUGACACACACUUUGACGAUGAUGAGCACUGGACAGCAGGAGAAACAGGUUUUAACCUGUUUGUGGUAGCUGCACAUGAAUUUGGCCACGCUUUGGGCCUGAAACACUCCAGAAAUCCAGACUCACUGAUGUAUCCGACCUACAAAUCCUCACGACCAGCCAACCUAUUAUCUAGAGAAGAUGUAACAAAUAUCAACGCACUUUACAGCCCGCCCAGAGGCCGUCCAAGUUACUUUCCGAGGUAUGACUGGAGCUCUCAGUUUAACCCCUGGAUAUCAGGAUCAUCGUUCCCUCGACUCCUGCAGAACAAAUGUGCUCCAGACCUGACCUUUGAUGCAGUGUCCACUCUUGGCGAUGCCACUUUCUUUUUCAGAGAAAGCUAUCUCUGGAUUAAACAUAAUCAGCAAUAUGACAUCAAAGAAGGUCCCAUCACCAACUUUAUGCCCAAGAUUGAAACAAGCAUCGAUGCAGCCUUCUGGGUACCUCGCAGAUCCACUGCCUACCUUAUUCAUGAAUCCAUGUUCUGGACAGUAAAAGGUUCUCUUGUGAAGGGAAAGCCCAGAGCACUCAGUCACUUUGGGUUUCCAGCCUGGGUGCAGGACGUUGAUGCAGCUGUGCACAUAGUGAAAACAGGACGCACACUCUUCUUCAUGCAUGAUAUUUACUGGAGUUACAAUGAAAACCGAAGGGUUAUGGAUUUUGGUUUCCCAAAGUAUAUCAGCGAGGACUUUCCAGGAAUCAACAUGACAAUAAAUGCAGCUCUUCAUAAACACGGUUUCAUCUACUUCUUUGUCGGACCACAAGUCUACAAAUACGACUACACCCAGAAACUUGUUGUCGGAGUUGAGAAAGCAAAUUCCUGGCUUGGGUGUUGAAAUGCUGUAAAUCCGUGAACGUGUGAUGAGGAAAUUACCUGAAAA